AUGGCACCCGUCCGUCUGGCCAUGGGCUUGUCCAUGGAAGAAGACAUCCUGGAUCCCAUCGCAAUUGUUGGAUUAUCCCUUCAGUUCCCCGGAGAUGCUACGACUCUCGAUGACUAUUGGGAGUUAAUGAUGCGAAAUCGUUGCGUCUGUCAGGAAUUCCCCCCAAACCGGAUCAAUGGAGAGAGUAUGCCAGUAAAGAAAGCCCACUUUCUAACAGAGGAUGUAACGGCAUUUGAUGCGUCGUUCUUCUCCGUGUCUGGAACAGAAGCAGCUUCGAUGGAUCCACAACAACGGCUGCUACUGGAAACAACCUACCGAGCUUUUGAAAACGCUGGAAUUACAAUGUCACAAGUCAAUGGAUCGAACACGUCUGUUUACGUCGGCUGUUUCACAGAUGAUUAUAAGACAUUAUAUGAGAAAGACGUGGGUGACAAAGCCCCAUAUGCGGCAACCGGCAUCAUGCCAACUUUGAAUGCCAACCGACUAAGCUGGUACUUCAACUUACUCGGACCAAGUGUCAAUGUCGAUACGGCGUGCUCCAGCAGCCUUGUUGCGCUGGACCUUGCCUGCCAAAGUAUCUGGUCCGGUACUUGCGAUACGAGCGUUGUUGGUGGCGUGAACCUUCUUCUUGCCCCUGAUCUCUUCCACACUCUUUCGGGGAUGAAUAUGUUGUCCCCGGAAGGUCGCUGUAGGAGCUUUGAUACUGCCAUCCAGGACGGAGAUACUAUCCGAGCUGUCAUUCGAUCUACAGCUUCUAAUCAGGAUGGACAUACUCUCGGGUUGACCCAGCCGAGUCAAUCCUCGCAAGAGCAGCUGAUUAAUUACUGUUACAGCAAAGCAGGAUUGGAAAAGAGUCGGACAGGAUAUGUCGAAGCACACGGCACAGGGACUCCGGUAGGAGACCCAAUUGAGGCCAGAGCGCUGGGGUCUGCAUUCCGUGAGGGUCGAGACCCACGCAACCCACUCUACGUAGGAUCGGUCAAGUCAAAUAUUGGUCACUUAGAAGGCGCUAGCGGCAUAGCUGGAGUCAUCAAAGCAAUUGCGAUGCUUGAGAGGGGUAUUAUUCCUGCUAUCGCAGACCUCGAUACAGUGAAUCCGCAGAUUGAUGAAGAAUACCUCAGAAUUCGGUUUCCUAGAACGGCUACAGUGUGGCCUAAGGAUGGCCUGCGCCGUAUAUCAGUGAAUUCAUUUGGAUUCGGCGGAUCCAAUGCUCAUGUUAUUCUAGAUGAUGCUUAUAACUUUCUGGCUGAACGCGGGCUUGAAGGAAUCGCGUAUUCCUCACCAGCAGAGCCACCACCACUGCAGCCACCGGGUCUUCGGGCACCCUUGGUUGCCCGGAAAUUACUGCUAUAUCGACAGUGGGGCAAUAACAACGACAAUGCAACCCCCUCUAACACACCUGUAAUCCUCCCAAUUUCAGCAGCGAACCAAGCCGCUGUUCGUCGCACUGCCUUGUCCUAUAGUGAGUACUUUGAGAAAAGGGAAACUGAAAAUUUAGAUUCGAAUGAGCUCCUGAAAGUCUUAGCGAGUACGCUCGUUCGGAGGAGAAGCAAUCUACCCUGGAGAGCAUUUGCUGUUCUUAAUUCCGUGGAGAAGCUCAAAGACUUCAAAUCGCACCUGUCCACGCCUUCUAUAGCUACCACAAAGCCAAAGAUUGCCUUUGUUUUUACCGGCCAAGGAGCACAAUGGAUUGGAAUGGGGAGGGAGCUCAUGCAAUACAGCGUCUUUCGCAGGAGCUUACAGCAAGCAGAGGCCUAUCUAGAAUACCUAGGCUGCGAAUGGAGGCUUCUAGAGGAACUGCUGGAAAAGUCGACAAGUAGCCGAAUCAACGAGCCACAAAUCAGUCAGGCACUAUGCACAGCCGUCCAGGUUGCCCUUGUUGAACUUCUGUCCCAUUUCAAUGUCCGCCCUAAUGCUGUUAUUGGGCAUUCGUCGGGAGAGAUUGCCGCAGCAUAUUGCUGUGGGGCUAUUUCUCGGGAAUCGGCUUGGAAGAUCGCUUACAUGCGUGGUGUCCAGGUAUCCAAUCUGUAUGAAGGUAAAGCCACGAUUCACGGCGCAAUGAUGGCUGUUGGGCUCCCUCCGGACCACGUAUCCAGGCUAUUAGAGGACAAUGGCCAUGAAUAUAGCUCGUUGAAAAUUGCCUGCUACAACAGCCCAUCGAAUGUAACCAUUUCAGGUGAUGAGCGAAUGAUCGACUCGUUCAAGCUUGAGCUGGAUAAACUUGGAACAUUCGCUCGCAAGCUUAAAACGAACGCCGCGUAUCAUUCAUCUCAUAUGAAUGUAGUUUCUGAAGCCUACAAUGAUUCCAUUGGUUUUAUUAGCAGUGGAGAAUCUCGCUUUCAAGGCCCUACCAUGGUCUCUACCGUUUCCGGGAAAGGGGUGACAUCGCACGAGCUACGAGAACCAUCGUACUGGGUGAAUAACAUGGUCAGCCCUGUGAAAUUCUCCCAGGGGUUUGAACGGCUCUGUGCGAAAAGGAUUGUGAAGAAAAUUGACGGAAGCCACCGGGGUAUGUUAAAAAUCGACGCAUGUGUGGAAAUAGGACCUCAUGCGGCCCUGCAGGGGCCAAUCAUGGAGAUCCUCGCGUCGAAAGGAACACAGAUGGCUUACCUAUCAGCGCUCCAGCGGAAUGCUUCUGCCACGACGACUCUUCUUGGGACACUGGGCCAACUUUGGUGCCUCGGAUGUGGUCCUGAUCUAGCACGGGCCAAUCAAUAUUCAGAUUGCACCGCUUCGAUUUGUGACCUCCCACAAUAUCCAUUCGACCACUCGCAGACGUACUUUCAUGAGAGUCGAAUAGGCAAGGCUCAUCGCCUCCAGAAACAGCCCAAAUAUCACCUUCUAGGGGAGCGUGUCACGGAUUGGAAUCCUCUCGAACCACGUUGGCGUAAUUUCCUGAGCGCGUGGGAUCUCCCGUGGAUCCAGGAUCAUAAGAUAAACGAAGUGACACUUUUCCCGGCAGCCGGUAUGAUGGCCAUGGCAGUUGAAGCCAUAUCGGACAUUACCGCCCUCCCACGAGGCGCUUGUGGCUAUGAACUUCGUGAUGUGACGUUCUAUACCGCUCUUGCUGUCCCAGACAGUGGAACAGGAGUGGAAGUGCAAUUCACCAUGCAUUCCCAAAACCAAAGUGGGACAAGUAGAGGGCAAGGCUGGUCCAACUUCCGGCUAUGUGCCUACAUAAACGAUAGAUGGGAAGAUAUAUGCCUUGGGCGUGUCCGUAUUGAAUAUGAAAUGGAGGCUUCGGAGGUUGACGAAGGGCUGUCGACAGAAUCUUACCUCAGAAAUACCCAACAACACUAUACCUCUCUAACUAACAGCAGCGAGCCUGUUCACAUGAAAGACUUCUAUUCUCUCCUACAGAGCUGCGGUAUCAAUUAUGGGGAUUGCUUUAGAAAUCUGAAGAAGGCUCGAUUUUCUGGCUUCGAGUCAGUCGGUGACGUCUCGAACUUCCCAUGGAGUGUGAAGGGGAAGGGAGAGGCACAAGGGUACACCGUCGUUCAUCCAUGUGCGCUGGAUGCGUUCUUUCAUCUAGCCUUGGUGAACUACACACAGGGAGGAAAGGUGAAGAAGCCUACCAUGAUCCCUUCGCGGAUCCGCAGGGCCUGGUUAUCUAGUUCGGGAAUAGAUUGGUCAACUGAAGAGCCCCUGAGGACUAUGUCUAACAUCGUCUCGCAGGAUAGCCGUGGUACUGAAUGCGAGCUAACUGCUUUGCGAUGUGAUUUCUCUAAAGUUAUCGCCCAGCUUGAAGGCGUCAAUAUGACCGUUGUGGACCAAAUUUCAGAUGAGGCAGACACCCCAGCGGAAGAGCUGCAAUUCUUGAGCCCUGUCUGGCUGCCGGACAUCGACGCGAUGGAACCCAAGGAAAUACUUGAUUACUGUGAGGCUGAAUUGCAAGAUAAUGCGGAGCCCACGGAGUUUUAUCGUCGACUGUCCUCUCUGCACCUUAAUUGUCUCCAUCAGGCUUUGCAGGCUAUCCCGGGAAUGGGAAGGUCUGACAGUUCCUCCCACAUGUUGCAAUAUUUCAACUGGGCCAAGCACUAUUUUCAAGACAAGGGUAAUCAUGAAGCAGGUGGAGCAGAGCUAUACCUAGAAUAUGAUAACGUGUACAGUGAUGAGGAUGUAAGCUGGCUUGAAAGUGUCAAUGCUCAAGGAAAGGUCCACGCUCUCGUUGCACGCCAUCUGCAAGAGAUUUGGCUAUCGGAAUUGGAUCCGCUAGAACUGUUGUUCAGUAACAACUCAAUUCUUGAUGAUUUCUAUGCCGAGCUGAGCAACAGCACAAACAGUUUCAAGCUACUGGGGAGAUACCUGCAACUCUACUCACACAAAUAUCCUAACGCAAGCUAUCUUGAAAUCGGAGCGGGAACUGGGGGCUCAACAGGCCCAGUACUCAAUUCCCUUGUGCAUAAAAGGAACCGACUGACUCCUUGUGAGAUGUAUAAGAAGUAUACAUUCACUGAUGUCUCAGAGGCAUUCUUUGAAUCUGCAAAGGAAAAGUUUUAUGAGUUUUCGAACAUGAACUUCAAGCGUUUGGACAUCGAAAAAUCCCCACUGGGCCAGGGCUUCGUGUCCGAAUCAUACGACGUAAUUAUAGCGGCAAACGUCCUCCAUGCGACAGAGGACCUGUCAGCAACUCUGAAGAACGUCUCGGAGAUGCUGCGCCCGGGAGGAAAGCUUAUUUUAUAUGAAAUAACAAACCCAGAGCUAGGAAGGACUGCCUUCGUUAUGGGCCUUCUUCCUGGCUGGUGGCUCAGCAGAGAGUCAUUCCGGUCCCAAGGGCCAUGCAUCAAAACUCAGGACUGGCACGACCUCCUCCAAAAGAAUGGCUUUUCCGGGGUGGACCACGAGUUCCGCGACUACAAGAGUGAUGAAUGCCAUGAACUGAGUGUUCUCAUUACCACCAAGGCUCAACAAGAGGAUGUGCCUGAGAUGCUGAGGGUGGACAUCGUCCCUCACCCCAGGCCCUCAAACAAAUCGGCUUUCCCUAUCUCACUUUACCGAGGCCUCGUGAAUCAGAUAAACGUUGAAAGCAGGCUCGUUGAUAUCCAAAAGAUCCAAAACAUUCCCAUCCAUCCAGAUUCUGUUGCGAUAAUUCCAGACAGUCCCAGCCAGUCAUACCUUAAUGAUAUGGAUAGUCAAGCGCUUUCUCAGCUUCAGCAGCUUCUUAGGUUGUACAAAAACAUCGUAUGGGUAUCAUGUACGGUCGGCGACGGUUCGGCAGAUCCUAAGUACGGCAUGGCUAGCGGUCUGGUCCGGUCCUGGCACACGGAGAUUGAGGGAGCAAGGUCGGUGCGAGUCGGGCUACAAGGCAAUGAAACCCCCAGUUCAAAGCAAAUUCAAUACAUCUUGACAGCGACACGGCACAUGAUGAGAAGCAGCGCUGAAACCUGCGAAAUGGAGUAUGAAGAGCAAAGCGGCCUUCUUCAAAUUUGCAGGCUCCGGAGUGAUGAGCAAUGCCACGAAGCGUUUGUGGACAGUUUAUCGGAUAUGGUUCCCUGCACACUUCCCUGGAAGGAUGCGCCCCCCUUAAGGCUUAUUGCAGGAACACCCGGGCUUCUCGAUAGCUUGCACUUCGUCGAGGAUAUUGCUGCCGUCGAGCCACUUGCUGAUGAUGAAAUCGAGAUCGAAGUACGCGCCAUGGGCGUGAACUUCAAGGACUGUUUGAUUGCACUUGGACGAGUCCCGGGAGACAAACUAGGAAAUGAAUGUGCGGGAAUUAUCAGCAAGGUCGGAUCAGCUUGCCAAUCGCAGUUUCAACCGGGAGAUAGAGUAUGCAUGUCCACCACCGAAGCGUUCAAAACGUACGCACGCAGCAAGGUACAGUGUGUCUGUCGUCUACCAUCGACGAUCAGCUUUGUAGAGGCCGCAGCAAUCCCCACCCAGUUUGUGACGGCAUGGACAUGCCUCAACGAUAUUGCCCGAUUGGCGAAGGGAGAGGCCGUUCUGAUCCAUGCGGGGGCGGGAGGCACCGGUCAAGCAGGAAUUCAAAUCAGUCUGUACCUCGGCGCGCAAGUCUUUGCAACGGUUGGUUCGAAGCGCAAGAAGGAGUUCCUGAUCUCACAGUAUGGAAUACCCGCCAGUCAUAUAUUCUACAGCAGGGACACCUCUUUUGCGAAAGGACUCAAGAGUAUCACCAGUGGCCGUGGAGUGGACGUUGUGCUGAAUUCGCUUGCGGGUGACAGCCUCAUGGCUUCUUGGGAGUGCCUGGCACCUUACGGACGCUUUGUAGAAAUUGGGAAGAAGGACAUCUUGGCCAAUUCGACCCUCCCCAUGCAGCCAUUCAGUAAGAGCGUCACAUUCUCGGCAUUUGAUGGUUCGAUAUGGAUGGUUGAGCGGCCACUGGAGGCCCAACGGAACAUAGAGAUAAUUAUGGGACUCUUUGAGCAAGGUAAGUUGAGUACUACGAAGCCGCUGACAGUCUACGACGUUGCGAAUAUUGGUACGGCCUUCUCCAAUCUUGUGGAAGGCAAGAGUAUCGGAAAGGCUGUCGUAGAAGUUUCACCCUCAGCACCUGCACCGAACGCCAUAAUCCGAAAGCCAACAUAUUCCUUUCAGGAAAAGGCCACGUAUGUUAUCGCAGGUGGAUUUGGUGGUCUUGGUCGUACCAUAGCAAGGUGGAUGGUAGACAAGGGCGCCCGCCACUUGAUCAUUCUAUCGCGCUCUGGUCUUCGAAAUCCGACAUCUGUGAGCCUGGUGGAGACGCUCCGGAGUAUGGGGGCUACGGUUGCGGCGCCUGCAUGCGACAUCGGCAACGAGGAUGAGCUCCGCAAUGCCCUGGCGGAAUGCAGUAGAGCCCUGCCCCCCGUUCGUGGUUGCAUACAGGCAUCCAUGGUUCUAAGAGACAUGCUUUUUGACCAGAUGCAACUUCCCGACUGGAAGGCAUCCACUGCACCUAAAGUCUCUGGAUCCUGGAACCUUCACACCCUUCUCCCCAAUGACCUUGACUUCUUCAUUCUCCUCUCUUCCGUGUCAGGGAUCAUUGGCCAUCGGGGACAAUCAAAUUACGCAGCGGGAAAUACAUACCAAGAUGCCUUAGCCCACUAUCGUGUCUCGCGUGGGCAAAAAGCAAUUAGCAUCAACCUAGGCGCUAUGAUCGACGACGGAUACCUUGCCGAGAACAUAAAUAAAAACAUAAAGGACAGGCUUCUAGGGACAGGGGCUAUGCUGCCAGUGACCCGUGAGAUAUUUCUGACGCUUCUAGAAACCUACUGUAACCCGUCACUGGGCGUGCUCGGGCUCGGUGGCUGCCAGGUCGCAUGCGGAAUCAACACACCGCAAAAUAUUCAUGCCCAGGGGGUGGAUGAGCCAGGUUGGCUUCAACGACCAUUGUUCGGUGCGCUGUAUGGCAUCCGCAGCCAAUCAAAUAAAUCCGGAAGUGAUGGAGACGGUUCAGGAAAAGAGAAGCUGCGCGAUUUCAGACAGGAAUUUAUCGACUGCUCAACCAUACCCGAGGCUAGCCUCAUCGUUACCGAAGCUCUUAUCUCCAAACUAUCUCGCAACCGAUCCCUCGUUAACUCUACGGAUGCCGAGAUCGACAUCCAUAAGCCCAUCGCCAGUUAUGGUGUGGACUCUUUGUUAGCUGUGGACAUCCGGAGCUGGUUCAGAAAGGUCUUCCAGGCGAACGUACCAACAUUCGAGAUCUUGGGCGGCACCAGUUUUGUGUCUAUGGGCGCGACGGUGGCGGGGCGGAGCGCGCUGAAGAGGAAAGAGGAAAUGACUACCUACUGA